GAGCUUACUACAUGUAUCGCAUUAGUAUGAAUAAAAUCAUCAAGCAAACAUCAACGACGUUAAGUUAAAGUUAUUAAAGUGACGCUUUAGUUCAAGUGUGCGUUUGAAAUUUAAUGAUCUUGCGAUAAGAUGAAGUAAUUAAAUGUAACAAAAAACUAAAUUUUGACGUUACAUCGAUUGAAAGCUACAAAAAACCAAUCAACAUGAUUUCUCGAAUGAAAUCUUUCGUUUUACUGAUCUUCAUAUUACAAGCAAUCGAUUUCCAACCGAUCACGGCGUAUCAUACCUUCUCAAGCGAACGUUUACUACGCAUAAAGGAUUCGCACUUUCGCCCAUUGGUGACGAAAUCAUUUGACCAAUUCAUCUACGUGACUUUUCCCAUGAACUAUCUAGAGCCCAGAAUUCGACUCGAAUGGGAGAAGAUCGGUUACACACCUUGUGAGAUCGGCUUCAAUUCAAUAACGGAGACUGAGUUUCCUCUGAGUCUCAACACCCUGGCCGAUGGAAAAUUGCUUCUUUCUCUGUUGCAAGCCACGAGGGACAACAGUCUGAGCUUGGAAAAAAAUCGCGGUAUAUUCUCGCUCAUCAUCGAUCCGGAGACUUGCCGAUUCAAUUCCGUCCUGACAGCUCUCAAUAAUAAGACGGUCAAAAAUAUGGAUAUCAAGGAGUCAAUUUUCGUACUAACCGGAGAAAAGGUGUUCGACAUUUUCCUUAUGGCUGGACACGCGAACUGCACUGAAGGCACAGCUUGUAGAUUGAGAUACGACGAGGAAGGGAAGCUCAUCUACGCUACCGAUUUCAACCUUGAUGUGGAAGACAAGGAUGUUGACAGAUGGUCCGUCAACUCGAUCAGGGACAAGGCUCUGUCGGACGGCUUUUUUUACACAGUCCUUACGAAAAAUGAGACUAUCGUGAAACGUUUGGACGAAGAACUCAAUGUUGACGGCAUUCUCGAGCUUAACGACUCUUUCAUUUUCUCCGACAACAACGGCGCGAUAUCUCGUUGUCGAGGUCUGCCCAACAGCGAAUUGGGAUGCGAUUUAUACGAUAUGAAUCUGGGGCCACGGUCCGGCGUCGCAGCUUCACGCGUCGAAGCUCGAACCUACAAAAACUACAUCCGUAAUAUCAGGAUGUUCAACCUUCCGGAAGGAGGUGCUAUCAUAUUUCUCGUAAUGCAGGUGUACGACCUGCCAGGAUCGCUUCCUGAAGCUAAAAUGUUCUCCACUUAUAUACAAAACAUCGAUCGUUAUGGUAGACCGGGUAGAGUGUUCAAGUUUCAGGACGACAUUUGUAAGGACUUUACCGAUGUAAAGAUGUCUACAAUGAAGGAUAACCAUUGCUUCAGUGUGUUUUGUCCAUUUUCAGUGCAAACUAAGUGCGUCGUUUUCGACGCUUCGGUUUAAAUAGUGUAGCAAUGAUGGUAUGGGACGUUUUUCCACUCAGCUUUGUGUACAGUGUGAUGAUAUUUAUUUAAGUGAUAAGAUUGUUUACAAAAUAUUUGAUAAUUAUGCGCAUUAUAUUUUUAAAUACCAGUUUAUUUAUUUCAGUUAUGUAUCGUUAAAAUAGGACUGAUUCUUAUGUGUAGACUUCCAAAAUUGAAUAAAUCAUUUCUAAGAAAUAA